AUGGAGAGAAGUGAUUCAUAUGGAAUCAGUAGUUUUCGUGGUAACAAUUAUUCAAUUUGGAAUAACAGUGCAGUUGAUGUCUUCUCCAAAUCUUCUAUAGAAGAAGAUGAUGAAGAAGCUCUGAAAUGGGCUGCUCUAGAGAAACUACCUACUUAUAACCGUCUCAGGAAAGGUGUACUGGCUGGCUUAGAAGAGAAGGACAAUGAGAAUUUCUUGUCGAAGCUCAAGGACCGUCUUGAUCGAGUUGGAAUUAAUAUUCCCACAAUUGAAGUCCGCUAUGAGCAUGUAAAUGUAGAUGCAGAAGCUUAUGUGGGAAGUAGAUCUUUACCUACAAUACUGAAUUUCUAUGCUAAUAUAUUAGAGGGGUUCUUGAGCAAUCUUCAUAUUCUCCCCAGUAGAAAGAAGCCACUCUCAAUCCUUCAUGAAGUCAGUGGAAUAAUAAAGCCAGACAAACCCCUCAAAAUGACAUUGCUUUUAGGCUCUCCAAGCUCUGGAAAGACCAUAUUACUGAUGUCUUUAGCAGGAAUGCUUGAUCGAGAUCUAAAAUUCUCUGGGAGAAUAACAUACAAUGGCCAUGGAAUGGAUGAAUUUGUUCCACAAAAGACAGCGGCUUAUAUCAGUCAACAAGAUCUCCACAUAGGGGAAAUGACAGUGAGAGAAACCUUAGCUUUUUCUGCAAGAUGUCAAGGGGUAGGAGCCCGAUAUGAGACGUUGGCAGAGUUGUUGAGAAGAGAAAAGGAGGCAAACAUUAAGCCAGAUGCCGACCUUGAUAUUUACAUGAAGGCGAAGGAGCUUUGUUAG